UUUACGGCGGCGGCGACAACAGACGCUGGAGGCGUGGAGGAGUCAGCUGUUAUUUGUUGUUUUUAAAGAAAUAUAUGUUUUUUAUUUCCUCCCUUCCCGCCAGCCUCGACGUGUAAUUCAACUGAGGUUUAGGGGGGGAAAUGGAAGUGAGGCUUCGCCGCGCUGCGUCGCUCAAAAUGUCUCCGUUGGUACGCGACGAAAGCUCCAGUCAGCUGAAUAAGUUUGAGAAACUAUCAUGGUGGCCCUCCGGCCGCGAUGCAGGUUUCAAAAAGCGAGGACGCUGGCUCCAGGCCCGCCGCAUCUUUUCCCAGGCCUCGCCCAACUUGCGUAUUCCUAACAGGUUCCUGAGAGAAGGACCCUGCGUGCCCUCCGCUCGCAGCGGACACCGCUGUGUGGCGGACAGCACCAACCUCUACGUGUUUGGCGGCUACAACCCGGACUUCCAGGAGGCGGGCGGGGCGGACAAUGACGACUACCCACUCUUCAGGGAGCUGUGGAGGUUUCACCUGGCCACAGCGACCUGGCACCGGGUUCAGACGGAGGGUUACAUUCCGACCGAGCUCGCUUCCAUGUCGGCCGUCUUCCACGGCAACAACCUGCUGGUGUUUGGCGGCACCGGGAUUCCCUUUGGCGAAAACAACGGCAACGACGUGCACGUUUGCAACGUCCAGUACAAAGAAUGGAAGCUGCUCCCCUGCCGAGGGACCAAGCCCAACAAGAUCUACGGCCAGGCCAUGGCGAUUAUAAAUGGCUACCUGUACGUCUUCGGGGGGACCACGGGCUACCUUUACAGCACCGACCUGCACAGGCUGGACCUCACCACAAAAGAAUGGACCCACCUCAAGCCCAACAACGCACCCACGCAUCUCCCUGAGGAGCGGUACAGACACGAGCUGGCACAUGACGGAACGAGGAUAUACAUUUUAGGAGGCGGGACCUCCUGGUCGUCAUAUCGCUUGGACAAGAUUCACGCCUAUAACUUGGAGACAAACUACUGGGAGGAAAUCGUCACCAAACCCCACGAGAAAAUAGGAUAUCCUGCCGCCCGCCGCUGCCACAGCUGCGUGCAGGUCCGAGACGAGGUGUUUAUAUGCGGCGGCUACGACGGUCAGCUGAUCAUGCCGGACUUGUGGAAGCUCAAACUCGGCCUUUUCCAGUGGACCAAGCUGCCCGCCGUCAUGCCGGAGCCCUCCUACUUCCACUGCGCCGCCGUGACGCCGGUCAGUACAUACCCAACCCCGAAACUGGCGGAGUUGUCACGUUGUGUAAAUGAAGGUGACAACUUCACUGGCUUUUGUAAGAUUGUGUCACUAAGUUGUCGCGUCCUAGGCGGGCUGCAUGUACGUCCACGGGGGCGUGGUCAACAUGUCGGGCAACCGAAGGACGGGCUCGCUGUACAAAGUGUGGCUGGUGGUGCCCAGCCUGCUGGAGCUGGCCUGGGAGAGACUACUGAAGUGGCGGCCGCACGUGGCGCAGCUCUCCACGCCGCAGCUGCUGGCCAUGGGACUGCCGCGCGCCUUUAUCGAGCGACUGAAGUAGGCGUGGACACGGGAUUGCGGUUCUGGAGCUCGCCUUCAAGGAUUUGCAGUCUUAAAUUUUUUAUUUUUAUUUUUUUUUUUACAUUUUGUAAAUGUGUUUUAGACAUCCGUGUUGUGCGUCACCCUGACAACUCAUUUUUUAAGUCUAAAAAAGAGAAACCAAUUGGGCGUGACCGUACACCAUAUUGUCCAAUUCAAAUUUUAUGGCCUCAAAAAAAAAACAGACUUAAUAUUUAACCGUCUCACAUAAAAACCAGAGGUUAGUGACUUAAAGGCCUACUGAAAUGAGAUUUUCUUAUUUAAACGGAGAUGUGUCAUACUUGAUAAUUCCGCGAUAUUGCCGUAUUUUUGCUGAAAGGAUUUAGUAGAGAACAUCGACGAUAAAGUUUGCAACUUUUGUUCGCUAAUAAAAAAGCCUUGCCUUUACCGGAAGUAGCAGACGAUGUGCGCGUGACGUCACGGGUUGUAGGGCUACUCAUAUCCUCACAUUGUUUACAAUCAUGGCCACCAGCAGCAAGAGCGAUUCAGACCGAGAAAGCGACGAUUUCCCCAUUAAUUUAAGCGAGGAUGAAAGAUUUGUGGAUGAGGAAAUUUAGAGUGAAGGACUAGAGAAAUAAAAAAAACUAGACUGCAGAGCGAUUCAGAUGUUAUUAGACAAAUUUACUAGGAUAAUUCUGGAAAAUCCCUUAUCUUAUUGUUGUACUAGUGUUUUAGUGAGAUUAUAUAGUCGUACCUGAAAGUCUGAUGGCUGUGGUGACUGCCAGUGUCUCUGAGAGAGGCCAAGAUCACAGCUGCCUUUUUGACAGCUCCCUUAUCCCAAAUCUGCUUAUUGUGUUACUAGUGUUUUAGUGAGAUUAUAUAGUCGUACCUGUACAACCUGAAAGUCGAAGGGGUGUGGCCACGGGUAUGGGAAGCCACGUUUUUCGACGAGGCGAAGGCGGCCGGUGGGGCCGGGCUGAGAUUUUAUUUAUUUUUUUCCCUUCACGGUGGAAGCAUCCGACGGCCGGUAGGAGGCAAGAGAGUCACAGCUGCCUCUUUGACAGGCGCAGGAGUAACGACGCAAGCUCUACGUAAGAGUCGACUUGUUACCACCAUUUUCUCACUGAAACCUGCCGGUUGACAUGUGGUAGGGAACCAUGUUCGCUUGACCGCUCUGUUCCAUAGUAAAGCUUCACCGUCAUCUUUCGGGAAUGUAAACAAGGAAACACCGGCUGUGUUUGUGUUGCUAAAGGCGGCCGCAAUACACCGCUUCCCACCUACAGCUUUCUUCUUUGACGUCUCCAUUACUCAUUGAACAAAUCGCAAAAGAUUCAGCAACACAGAAGUCCAGAAUAAUGUGGAAUUAUGCGAUGAAAAGAGACGGCUUAUAGCUGUGAACGGUGCUGGAACAAAAUGUCCUCUACAAUGCGUGACAUUCCGCGCACGCGUCAUCAUAACGCAACGUUUUAGCAUGAUACUUCCGUGCGAAAUUUAAAAUUGCAAUUCAGUAAACUAAAAAGGCCGUAUUGGCAUGUGUUGCAAUGUUAAUAUUUCAUCAUUGAUAUAUAAACUAUCAGACUGUGUGGUCGGUAGUAGUGGGUUUCAGUAGGCCUUUAAAAUUUAACCGUCUUACAUAAAAAGCUGAGGUUAUUGACUUAGUGCAAAAAAAAAAAAAAAGCCAUUUUAAUUUGUUGGUGUUUUGCGUGACUUUUCCAGUGCCUCCUCUUCACACUACUUUUUUUUUUUUUUUUUUUGAAUAUUUAUUUAUCCGGUGCCUUUUUGACCGAUGUAAAUCCACACCAAUGAUGUGCUGGAUGCCUGCAGGAGGAAGCGCUCACAGGUUUCCUUGAGACAAACUUAUUUUAAUCACUGUGCUGCUGUUUUUACCUUCAGUUGUCACUUUGGAGUACCCCCCCCCCCCCCCCCCCCCCCACCACUCCGGCCUGAUGUCAAAACCUGUACACAUUUUUAAUAUUUAUAUUUUUUUAAACGCACACGGCUUCUUGUGCGAGCGAAGAGACUAUUUCUGUGCAGACGAAGAGGUUUGAAAGGAGGGCUCCUGCAUGUCCGCAUGUUGCUGUUCUGUAACGUCGACGUCUCCAUCAAAGGCACCUUUGAUGAUCAUCCACAUUUUUGUAAUUCCCAUCUGUGCAAUAAAACUAAGACUUAAAAAAAUAAGUUGUAUUUUUGCACACAGAUGCUUUGUUUGUUCCUCUUAUUUUGACACAUUUCAGGUACAAUUGCAGGGCUGGAAUUUUGAACUUUUUAAGGUCAAGGCAAGUGUUUCCUUAAAGGGGAACAUUAUCACAAUUUCAAAAGGGUUAAAAACAAUAAAAAUCAGUUCCCAGUG